AUGGCUGGUCGCCUGUUCCGGGAAGCGCGCGCGUCGGGCGGGCGGCGCGUCGUCCGCCGCGUGGAUACCCGCCUUCUCAACGGUGUGGUACGGCAGGUGGAUUCACACAACAAGCAUUGGGAGGUUGAGGAGGCCUGGCAGGAAUAUGAGCGUCAAAAGACGGCUGACGAAACGCGUCUCCGUCAGCGUUUAAUGCAAGCAAAACGCCGCCAGGAUGAAGGUGCGGCUGAGCCAGCCCGAAGCGACCUGGUUGUCAGAGGCCAACACUGCAACCAGGAACAAGAGCGAGAGCGAGAACGAGUCUGGGACCGCAGUCGAAACCGAGACAUGGACCGCAGCCGUAGCCGAGAACAUGGCCAAGACCGAGAACACAGACGAGACCACAGCCGAGACCGGGACCGAGACCGGGACCGAGACCGGGACCGAGACCGGGACCGAGACUGGGACCAAGACUGGGACCAAGACCUAGACCGAGACCAAGACCGAGACCGAGACCGCAGCCGUGACCGGGACCGAGACCGCAGCCGAGACCGAGAACCCAGCAAGCCCAGAACUCAGAAGCAUAGCGAGUUGUGGCAUCGGCUUGACCGACUCCAGGCCGCCAGCACCGAUCGAUGGGGCCACGACAAUUUCCACAAGCUGCAUCCUGACUCAGGUCUUGGCCACUGUACAUAG